UUGUCUUUUCUAUCUGUAGUUCCCAAAGAUGAGUCGUGGACAUUCAGAAAACAACAAUUUCCUGAACAAUAACAACCAAAUGGUGUUGGACAUGAUCCUUUAUCCAUUAAUUGGAAUCCAUCAGACCAUCAACUGGGAAACUGUGGCAAGGCUUGUGCCUGGCUUAACACCCAAAGAGUGUGCAAAGAGGUUUGAUGAACUGAAGAGCAGUGGCAGCUCACCCGUCGACAACCAGUAUAGCCUCCUAAUGGCUGCUGGAGAGAGCCCUGUUGAAACUUUAGCCACGUAUAUCAAGUCCUCGCUUCUUGACACACAGGGAGAGUUUCAGGAGACUCCAAUUGGUCAGGAUGCAGUUUCUAAAACAGGAAAACAUAGUAUAGCUUCCACAAGGAAUUGUUCUUCAGAAAGUGAAAAUUGUACUACUCAUAAUGGUGGAGAAAAGACUGAAGAAUCUGAAGGGCCAAACAUGGUGAUCCAUGUAUGUGAUGAAGCCAAAAACUUGAAAGAAGAUUUUAUUUGCCCACGAGAUCUUUUGAUAUCAGAAAUGAAGUACUUUGCUGAAUAUUUAUCUAUGGAUGCCCAGCGCUGGGAAGAGGUGGACAUUUCAGUUCAUUGUGACGUUCACAUUUUCAACUGGUUGAUAAAAUAUGUUAAAAGGAACACUAAGGAGAAUAAAGAUUGUGAGAUGCCCACUUUAGAGCCAGGAAAUGUCAUUUCAAUUCUUAUUUCUUCAGAGUUUUUAAAAAUGGAUUCAUUGGUUGAACAGUGUAUUCAGUAUUGCCACAAAAAUAUGAAUGCCAUAGUAGCUACCCCAUGCAACAUGAACUGUAUUAAUGCAAAUCUUCUUACACGUAUAGCUGAUCUGUUCACACACAAUGAAGUUGACGACUUAAAGGACAAGAAAGAUAAGUUUAGGAGUAAACUUUUUUGUAAGAAGAUUGAAAGACUGUUUGAUCCUGAAUAUUUGAAUCCAGAUUCUCGGAAUAAUGCAGCAACAUUAUACAGAUGCAGUUUGUGUAAGAAACUUUUAACAAAAGAAACAGAAAGAAGAAUUCCUUGCAUUCCUGGAAAAAUCAAUGUGGAUCAACAUGGAAAUAUUAUCUACAUUCACAUAAGAGAUAAGACUUGGGAUGUUCAUGAGUAUUUGAAUAGUCUUUUUGAAGAAUUAAAAUCUUGGAGAGAUGUAUAUUGGCGCUUGUGGGGAACAGUCAACUGGCUAACCUGUUCAAGAUGUUACCAAGCUUUUCUCUGUACAGAAUUUUCACAUUGUCAGUAUCACUCAGAAACAGUGAUUUAUCCUACUGCAGGAAGUUCACUGAGUACUGUUGGCACUGGAAUUUAUCCCUGCUGUAACCAAAAGGUUCUUCGGUUCGACCCCACUCAGCUUACAAAGGGUUGUAAAGUGAGGGACCACAUGGUUGCUCUUCGUGAUCAAGGUGAGGGUGAAGAUUUGCUGUCCUGUCCAACUGCUAGAAUCCUGGACGAUCUGCACAAACACAAAGAUGUCAUUCUUGUGCCUUUUGCUAAAGACACAGUUAGUGAUUCUGGGGUUGGUCUCUGUGAUGAAAAGGGUCUAGACUGUGAUGUUUUACUGGAACCAAAUACACCAUGGGGCCCCAAGAGUGGGGAGCUCAAUGCUUUCUUGUCACUGAAAAACUGGACUCUGCAACUGAAACAACAGUCAUUAUUUUCAGAAGAAGAAGAAUAUACCACCGGAUCUGAGGUCACUGAAGAUGAAGUUGGAGAUGAAGAAGAAGUAUCCAAGAAACAAAGGAAAAAGGAGAAGCCAAAGAAGUUCACUAAACAACCAAAAAAACAACUGUCUUCACCCUGUGGUCAGAAGAAAGAAAAGGCAUUGGAGAAGUCAACUUCUAGAGAUGUGUCUCCUUUCAUUGUGAGUAUGCAGAAGAAUAAGUGGGAUGCCACAAGAUCCUUGAGAUUCAACCAAGAUGCACAAAGAGAAGAUGAUCAACGGCGGAUGUCUGAAAUUACUGGGCACCUGAUAAAGAUGAGAUUGGGUGAUCUGGACCGAGUCAAGUCAAAAGAAGCAAAAGAAUUUGCAGGAGGUAUUUACUCCAGGCUCGAAGCACAAAUCAAGGCCUCAGUGCCAGUCACUGCACGGCAGAGCAGCUCAGAGAAAAACACAAGGUCUAAAAGUCGUUUUGGUCAAGGUCGUCCUGCGUAAAGCACCUUAAAAUAUAACUAAGAUGAGAGAAGACACACCUGUGGAUGUCUGGAAUUGCUUACUUCUUGAAGAUCUUCAGAACAAUGACUUCUAAAUGUUUUAAGUUAUUUGUUAAUUGUUCUUGCAAGUCGCAUCAGUCAUAGUGCUAAGGGAAAUACAUAGUUAGGUCUUAUGAAAUCUAGUUGUAAAUAUGAAACUUCUUAAAUCUAGUUUUCCUUUGGUGUGAUGCUAGGCUACGCUAAGACUACUGAUAUUUGUUAUCUUUAUUUAUUUGAAAGAGAAGAAGCCUAAACUCUCAAAGUAGCUAAGAGUUUUUAGACUUAAAAAUUAGGGGAACACAGCAGAUGGUAGUACUGUGCAUGUGCACUGAUGAUAGUGUCUUUUGGGCUGUAAAUCUCGGGAUAGCACUGAGAACUGCAAUUUGUGUGAUGAAGUUCCCAGUGAUGCUAAUUUUAAGUUUGCAUGACUGUUAAGGAGCAACAGAUCUUAAGACUGCAUUAAAUAAAGUUUCAAGGUGAGGUA